AUGUACCCGCAUAAGACCGCCGUCGCUCUCACUUGGCUUGUGGCCGUCGCUUUGGCUGCUCCUUCACAGCCUUCUUACGAUUACUCUCCUCCUGCAACUUAUGACUCUCCAGCUAAGUACGACUUCAACUACGCUGUCAAGGACGACUACUCCGGAAACGACUUCGGUCACCAGGAAGCACGCGACGGAUACAACACUCAGGGUUCCUACUUCGUCCUGCUUCCCGACGGUCGUCUGCAGAGGGUCACCUACACUGUCAACGGCGACUCUGGCUACGUGGCUGAGGUCAGCUACGAGGGUGAGGCCCAGUACCCCGAGUACCAUCCUGCUCCAGCCUACAAGCCUGCUCCUGCCUACAAGCCUGCCCCUGCCUACGAACCCGCUCCUACUUACGUUUAAAUAUGUACAA